GGAAAUUCUCAAGUUCGAACUCAAGCGAGAAGGCAGAACAGAACGUACUGGUUUUAUUGCUACGUCACGGAGCUGCCGAUACUGUCAACUCUCUCGUCACAGUAAUCUCACCAUGAAGCGCAAACUAGACGACAAUGAUGCCCCUACGGUGGAAGUGCCACACGACAGCGCCCCCAGUGAGCCCUCGUUCGAUAGUUUCGGCCUCGACCCUCGUCUCAUGCAAGCCGUUGCAAAGGCAAACUACUCGGCCCCUACCCCUGUACAGGCGAAAGUGAUACCUUUGGCACUCGAGGGAAAAGAUAUACUGGCAAAAUCGAAGACGGGAAGCGGUAAAACGGCUGCCUACAUCCUGCCUAUCCUGCAAUCGAUCCUCCGUCGCAAGAAGACGUCGCCCAAGAACAAGGUCAUCUCCACCCUAAUCCUUGUGCCAACACGCGAAUUGGCAGAUCAAGUUCAAAAGGCGUUUGUUUCGCUCUCGGCAUUUUGCACGAAAGAUGUACAAUCCUUGAACUUGACACAGAGACUGUCGGAUGCAGUGUUGCAAGCAGUACUGCAGGAUUCGCCCGACAUCAUCGUGUCAACACCGGGACGAGUCACCCAAUACCUAAACUCCGGCAGGAUAUCUCUCGAGAAUAUCAGUCAUCUUGUCAUCGACGAAGCAGAUAUUGUCCUUUCAUAUGGAUACGAGGAUGAUAUCAAUACCGUCGCCUCUCUCCUUCCACGCGGUGUGCAGACCUUUCUGGUCAGUGCCACUCUGACGCCAGAAGUGGAGGAGUUGAAGGGCAUGUUCUGUCGCGACGCGACAGUGGUCAAAAUUGAUGAGAAAGAAGAGAAGGGAGAAGAGAUAACCCAAUACGUGGUCCGCUGCGGCGAAGAUGAGAAGUUCUUGUUGAUAUACGUUUUGUUCAAGCUCCGUCUGGUCAAGGGCAAGUCGAUUAUCUUUGUACAAGAUGUCGAUCGAAGCUACCGGCUGAAGCUGUUUUUGGAACAGUUUGGGAUCAAAUCGUGUGUGCUCAAUGCCGAACUUCCGGUCAACUCGAGACUGCAUGUUGUGCAAGAGUUCAACAAAGGCUUGUACGACAUUCUCAUCGCCGCAGACGAUCAGGAAGUACUAGGUGGGAUUGUCCGACGACCCAAAACACGCGCUCACGAUCAAGAAAAUGAGAUGAGUGACGAAGAUGAUGGCACGGAGGAACACGUUGCGAAAAAGUCAAGGAUAUCCAAUAACGAAAAGGAUUACGGCGUCUCGAGGGGGAUUGACUUUCAAAAUGUCGCCUGUGUCAUCAACUUUGAUCUGCCCCAGACUUCCAAGUCUUACACGCAUCGCAUCGGACGAACGGCAAGAGCUGGAAAGGCGGGUAUGGCUCUGUCGUUUGUGAUACCCAAAGACCGCUACGGCAAACACAAGGCCACAAGCAUUCCUUCCGCGAAGAAUGAUGAACGUGUUCUAGAGAAGAUCAUUGCUCGCCAGGCAAAAAAGGGGAAUGAAGUGAAGCCAUAUCAUUUUGACAUGGCUCAAGUUGACGCCUUUCGAUACCGCAUGAAUGAUGCCCUGCGAGCCGUUACCAGAGCUGCUGUUCAUGAAGCGCGAGCUCGAGAAAUCAAGCAAGAACUGAUCAAGAGCGAAAAACUAAGGAAACAUUUUGAAGAGAACCCUGAAGAUCUCCGACAUCUUCGGCAUGACGGCGAACACAGUGCCAUUGUGCGACAUCAGUCACAUCUCAAACAUGUUCCUGACUAUUUGAUGCCUCCACAAGGCCGUAAGGGAGUCAGUGCCGAAGACAUUGGAUUUGUGGGGUUGAGGAAACUGGACGCAGAUGGGAAAAAGAAGGACAACAAGAAGCGAGGCGGUCGAAAAGGAAAGCCAAGAGGGAAGGUCGACCCAUUGAAGUCCUUUAGUGCCCGAGAGCGAAAAUGAUGGACUUAGCUGUUAGCGGUUGUUCAAGCAAGAUAUAUUUUAGACAGGCAUUGAUGGAAGGCUGAACAGCAUCCCUCGCAUCAGGGUCCAGGUUGUAUAUGUCCCCUCGGUUGUAGCUUUGCUUUCCUGAUGUACACAAACCUCCUAGAUCAAGGCUUUCCGACAAAAGCAAAAACUCGGAAUGACCUUCACGUUUGAUUCCG